AAAAAUAUUUGAUCAGGAGGAAAUAAUAUACCGGGGGAAGAAAACACAAUCUGAGAAGGAAGAACACAAGGAAGGCAAGAAGAUGGAGAACAGAAUACACAAGCGGCUGAUAUCGAAAACAGAGUACCGUAAGCUCCACACGGCUGUGGGGCCGUACGAAUUCUUAGAAGGCAUCUUCCACGGAAUGAUGGGUCACUAUAAUAUGUAUAAGGAUGGAUGGCUGCACCGCGAUGUCAGCGAUGGUAACGUUCUAUUGUUUCCAGUGCCCCAAAUACGAAAGCCUCUAACACGGUUCGAAUGCACCAAGAACUUGACAAAGUGCGUGAGCGUGAGCAAUGACGGUGACCAGGCAAUCAGAUGGCGAGAGCUAGAUCGCGAGCUUGAGCAACGUCGUUCGGGAACACUCCCUUUCAUUUCUAUGCGCUUGCUGAACGCGUGGGAUGAUGAUGAACCCAUACUUCAUACAUUUGCGGAUGACUUGGAAUCUUUCUUCUGGGUGAUAUUAUGCGUGUUGUUGAGCAUUGGCGCCGAGCGCAAUAGUUUAACAGGUAAAGAGAGAAAAUGGCUUCUUGAAAUACUCGCUGCAGACGAUCCUCGCAUGAGUGGACUCGUUAAAGGAUCCACGCUGCGGACGUUCGAGAAAAGUCUCCCAGAUAAUGAUUUUUCCCCUGUUCUGAAGGUUUUUGUACCUUUUUUCACAGAAAUCAUGCCACUUCUGGACGAAGGUCCGAAGGUUGCCAAAGGCGUUGACUCAACCAACUUGGUUGAAUCUCUAACGACACUCGGAGAUAGAUUUUACGAGAUGUGGUUUAAAGCUUUCCUACGUGCACUGCCGUCAUUGCCCAAGACCUGGGACGAAGUUUUCAUAACCCCAAUUUGAUUACGGAGACGCUCCAACACCCGCCCAUGUCGUCUCAUUCUACAUAUUUCCGUCUCUGCUCCCCCUACCAUCAUCCCAGGAUUAUCCUGUACAUAUUAAUAUGCAUGUAUCUACUUUGUUAGUUUGCUAUUCGUUGCACCCUGAGAGGUACAUACUUGACAAUGUGAUUCCAUUUAUUCCUGGUCGCAGGAAUUUUGCCUGG